AUGGACACCAGCCAUGCGCAUCCCAUCGAGCUGGCCCAGGUCACCAAGGUGCUGGUUAGGACUGGUCCACCGUGGCACACAGAGUUCAUGGAAGACAUGAGCGGAUCCAUCAUCACAAACGUGAAGGGCCCCAUCUGGGAAGAGGACAGACUCACCCUAUUGGACAUUGAUCUGGAAGCUGCAUUGAGGGCAGGGGAGGCCUUAAGACUAGAGCGGGCCUGCCAGAGGAUUUUAGGCAGCCCAAGCAAAUGCAGGUUGUACAGGCCUGGUCUAGUGUAA